AUGGUACAAUUCUUUUCGGUUAAUGUUUAUGGUCAAAUGGACCCGAAUUGUGGUAAUGGUAUAAAUGAUCCAUGUAAUCGGGCAAACGCAACAUUAGAACCAUGUAAUGGACAACUUCCUCCAAUACCUCCUGCAGCAUUGAGUAGUGCUGAACUAUUCAAGUUCUCACUUACUGUUAGUAUUGCUGGCUGCGUUUCAUGCUAUCAAGGUCUGGGAAUUGAUAUCACAGUAGUUUCUUUUGAAACUUUUUCGAAUAUUUGUCUCAAUAAAGGCUAUGAUGUUAAUAAUCCAUUUAAAGCACCUGGUAAAACACAAGCAACACCCGCUCCUAAAAAAGAUUGUAAUACUCCUAAUGAUCCUUGUAAAGCUGUCAAUGAAACAUUGACAAUUUGUAGAGAAGAAUUUAGUCCACCACCCAAAUCGACAAAUUCUGGAAGUUAUAGUCCAAAUGAUCCAAAGUUGGCGCCUUGCAUGUGUAAUGAUAAAUUUUAUGAACAACUAAAAAGUUAUAUGAUGUGCUUUGCUACUCCAAUGAAUAGUAUAACUGUUGCACCGCUUGAUAAAUUUAAAGAAGAAUGUAAUAAAUUGGGCGUUACUUAUGGUGCACCUCCGAGUAAUAAAGCCGGAACGGAUAAAUUCUUGUUGAUCGAUUAA